AGCCGAGAGCGCAGCCGCGGCUUCCAGGUUUCCACCGGCAGCACUGCAGAGGCAGUGAGUCCGCGCUGUCGACCGCUGCUGCGUCCCCGCCUGGCACUCCACGCGCACCUGCCCACCUGCCCACCUGCCGGUUCCACCGCACCGCCGCGCGGAUCUGGGGGUCCCUGUGGCCAACCCGGUUGCUGUCAGGCACGUUGCUGCAGACCCUGCUACUCCGAGGCACGGACAGUGGUACUCACAUAGCACCUGUUGAGCAGAGAACAGCAACCUGUCCGUCUACUUGGGAGAACCUCUCCUUUUCUGAGAAGGAAAGAUGUCGAACGGGUAUUCUGCAGAUGAGAGUUUCCAAUAUCUCAUCUCGUGCUUCCGGGCCAGAGUGAAAAUGUACAUCCAGGUGGAGCCCGUGCUGGACUACCUGACCUUUCUGCCUGCAGAGGUGAAAGAGCAGAUUCAGAGGACUGCCCUCACUGAGGGGGACAUUUGCGCAGCUGAACUGCUCCUGAGCACCUUGGAGAAGGGAGGCUGGCCCCUAGGCUGGACGAGGUUAUUUGUGGAGGCUCUUCGGAGAACAGGCAACCCUUUAGCUGCCCGCUACAUGAACCCUGAGCUCACAGACUUGCCCUCACCAUCGUUUGAGAAUGAUCAUGAUGAGUGUCUCCAACUGCUGAACCUCCUUCAGCCCACUCUGGUGGACAAGCUUCUGGUUAGAGAUGUCUUGGAUAAGUGUGUGGAGGUGGAACUGUUGACAGUCGAAGACAGAAAUCGGAGAAAAAAUUCAGUGUGGGAGGAACAUGAGUGGGAAUCAUUAUACGUUCUGUUGCAGCCUCAAGUCAAAAUAUUUACCUUCCAGGAAUUUCAUCAGUCAAGUGUGUCUGCUGCAGAACGUGACGGGAACGAAGCGGGUGUGCGAGAACUGCUGAGGCGGAUUGUGCGGAAAGAAAACUGGUUUUCCACCUUCGUGUUGGUUCUGCGGCAGACGGAGAACGGAGCCCUCGCCCUGGAGCUGACGGGCUCCAGCACCUCCGAACCCGGCGCAGAAAAUGAGAAUUUAUCACAAGAAGAUGGUUCUGAAGUUAAAGAGCCGCUUCUUUUAGCCUCAGAUCCGCCAAGUCCGGAGACACAGGGCUGGGACUUGGAGACUAACUCCGUGGAAUCAUCUCUUGCGGAUUCUUCUGCCAUUUCAGAAUCAGACACAAGUUUGGCAGAAGGAAGUGUCAACUGCUUAGAUGAAAGUCUUGGACAUAACAGCAACAUGGGCAGUGAUUCAGGCACCAUGGGAAGUGAUUCAGAUGAAGAGGACAAGGCAGCGAGAGCAUCCCCUGAGCCAGAACUGCAUCUUAGGCCUUACCAAAUGGAAGUUGCCCAACCAGCCUUGGAGGGAAAGAACAUCAUAAUAUGCCUCCCUACAGGGAGUGGGAAAACCCGAGUGGCCGUUUACAUUGCCAAGGAUCACUUGGACAAGAAGAGAAAAGCAUCCAAACCAGGAAAAGUUAUAGUCCUUGUCAAUAAGGUACCAUUAGUUGAGCAGCUCUUCUGCAGAGAGUUUCAACCAUUUUUGAAGAAAUGGUAUUCCGUCACAGGAUUAAGUGGUGAUACCCAAUUGAAAAUAUCAUUUCCAGAAGUUGUCAAAACCCACGAUGUUAUUAUCAGUACAGCUCAAAUCCUAGAAAACUCCCUUUUAAACUCAGAAGGAGGAGAAGAUGAUGGCGUCCAGUUGUCAGACUUUUCCCUCCUCAUCAUUGAUGAGUGCCAUCACACCAAAAAAGAAGUCGUCUAUAAUAACAUCAUGAGGCGCUAUUUGAAACAGAAGUUGAAAAACAAGAAACUUGAGAAAGAAAACAAACCAGCAAUGCCCCUGCCUCAGAUACUGGGACUGACAGCGUCGCCAGGUGUUGGCGGGGCCACCAAGCAGGCCAAAGCUGAAGAGCACAUCUUAAAAAUAUGUGCUAAUCUUGAUGCUUUUACUAUUCAAACUGUGAAAGAAAACACCUGUCAACUUAAAGACCAAAUAAAGGAGCCAUACAAAAAGUUCGUAAUUGCAGAUGACACCAGAGAAGAUCCAUUUAAAGACAAACUUCUGGAAAUAAUGACAAAGAUUCAAACUUUUUGCCAAAUGAGUCCAAUGGCAGAUUUUGGAACUCAACCCUAUGAACAAUGGACCAUUAAAAUGGAUAAAAAAGCUGCAAAAGAAGGAAAUCGCAAAGACCGCCUUUGUGCAGAACAUUUGAGGAAGUACAACGAAGCCCUGCAAAUCAAUGACACAAUCCGAAUGAUUGAUGCAUAUAAUCACCUCGAAACUUUCUAUAAUGAAGAAAAAGAAAAGAAGUUUGCUGUCCUAGAUGAUAGUGAUAAGAGUGGUGACGACGGUGAUGAAGAUGAGAAUGAUGAAAAGAACCCGUCGAAACUGAAUGGGACGGAUGAAUUUCUCAUGAAUUUAUUUAUGGAUAACAAGCAUAUGUUGAAAAAACUGGCCGAAAACCCAAAAUAUGAAAAUGAAAAGCUGACCAAAUUAAGAAAUACCAUAAUGGAGCAAUAUACAAGGACUGUGGAAGCAAGAGGCAUAAUUUUCACAAAAACACGGCAGAGUGCAUAUGCCCUUUCCCAGUGGAUUAAUGAAAAUGAAAAAUUUGCGGAAGUGGGAGUCAUAGCCCACCAUCUGAUUGGAGCUGGGCACGGCAGUGAGUUCAAGCCCAUGACGCAGAAUGAACAAAAAGAAGUCAUUAGGAAAUUUCGCACAGGAAAAAUAAAUCUGCUUAUUGCUACCACAGUGGCAGAAGAAGGUUUGGAUAUUAAAGAAUGCAACAUGGUUAUUCGUUAUGGUCUUGUCACUAAUGAAAUAGCCAUGGUCCAGGCCCGUGGUCGAGCCAGAGCGGACGAGAGCACCUAUAUCCUGGUUGCCCACAGCGGCUCAGGAGUUGUGCAGCGUGAGACAGUUAAUGACUUCCGAGAGAAAAUGAUGUAUAAAGCUAUAGACCGUGUUCAGAAUAUGAAACCAGAGGAGUUUGCUCAUAAGAUUCUGGAGUUACAGAUGCAAAGUAUUAUGGAAAAUAAAAUGAAAAUCAAGAGAAGUAUCGCCAAGCACUACAAGAAAAACCCAUCAUUAAUAAGUUUCCUAUGCAAAAACUGCAGCGUGCUCGCCUGCUCGGGGGGCAGUAUCCACGUGAUUGAGAAAAUGCACCAUGUCAACUUGACGCCAGAGUUCAAAGAACUCUACAUUGUGAGAGAAAACAAAGCACUGAAAAAGAAGUUUGCAGACUAUCAAACAAACGGGGAGAUCAUCUGCAAAGCCUGUGGCCAGGCUUGGGGAACGAUGAUGGUGCAUAAAGGCUUAGAUUUUCCUUGUCUUAAAAUAAAGAAUUUUGUAGUGGUUUUUGAAAAUAAUUCAACAAAAAAACUAUAUAAAAAGUGGGUAGAAUUACCUAUCACAUUUCCUGAUCUUGACUAUUCGGAAUAUUGUGUGAUUAGUGAUGAAGACUGACAGUCAAUUCAGGAUUAUUUUAAAAUAUUGUCAACUUAACAUUCAAUAUGAUUUUGAUUAAUAUUUUAUUUUACUAAGGAACUGAUGUGAGAACAAGUAAAAUAAUGGCCUUACUCUGAGAUGAGCUGUAUAGAGGAAUACAAUAUAUCAUGCUUUCGGUUAUUCAUCUGGUUUAUGGUUUAUGGACAGGGGUAAAGAAAACCUGCCGGUCAAGUGCACUGGUGUGGAGCAGGCAUGUGGAACACUUGGAAUAUUGUGGGGAAGUGCCGGUGUGUAAAUGAGCUUCUGAGGCACCAAUUUCAGUGCUGUCAAUAAUUUCCAAAAUAAAUUAAGCAAAUCAGUUUA